CUGAUAAGUGUCAACUUGAAUGUUGUCGGCUUGUUCAUUGCAUUUAAAAAUUAAUACUACUACUAAUAAACAGCAAUUACUGUCGUUCUCUUGUAACUUCGGUGCUUUACCAAUAUAUAAAUAAACCCUCACCAAAAUGGCUCCAAGUAAUUGCGUAGUGAAAGGCUGCAAAACAACACUUUUCAACAAAGGUCUCUCCACAAACUUUCAUCCAUGUCCAACUUCACUGGAAAUGAGGAACAGGUGGUUACAAAUUUUGAAGAAUAGAUGUACUAUACUGGAUUGGACGAAAAGUAGAAUUUGUUCAAAACAUUUUGAGAAUAAACACUUUGAUGCCCAAAGAAAACUUAAACCAAAUGCUAUACCUACACUGUUCCCAGCAAUGGGGACAGAUUCAGCUUCUAAGACUAUUGUUAAGAAUAGUAACACUUCAAGCUCUAAGUUGGAUAAGGCUCUCAGCAGAAUGACACAAGCGGAACUCAUGUCCGACGUAAAGUUAACUCUGGUUCGAAUGAAAGAGCCCAUUAACUUGAAUGAAUUUGUCUAUGAUGACUUGAAAUGUAAGCCUGAUGCCCCAAUGGAAGCUAAGCUAUGGGUAUUGAUCAAGAAACAAGAAUCUUUGAAUAAUAUGCUGACUGAUGCAGUCAUGAAAAAUAAUAAAAACCUUGAAAAUCUACAGAAGAAUAUGACUGAUACUAAAUCAGGUCGAAAAGAAAUGGAACAAAGCAUUGAGAACUAUAAGUAUGUUAUCAAAUGCUUACAAGAGAAACAAGCCACUUUAGAAGAACAGGUUGAAAUACUGACUGCUGUUGAGUCUCGGUAAUACAGUAAUUACAUUUUCUUGAUACUUUAAGCACUAAGACACACUGAAUGUUCCAGUUAUUUCAUAAAGUGAAGAAUGUUUUAAUUUUGCAUUAAAUAUGACAUUUAAAUUUCUCUGAUUUUAUUAAGUGUUCUUUAUAAUGUCUGCAUCCCUAAUUUGUACUUGAACUGAGUUAAAUAAAUACACAGAUAAUUA